UGCGCCCGGUUUUGUACGUAGUAGUGGCGUGAGGUAGUGUGACGCUGUGUCAGGGUAUCGGCAGUCUAGGGAGGCUUAAAGAGACAUCAUAGCAACUGGAGGACAAGAAGGGGGGGAAAAAAUAAAGGAUUCCCACCUACGAAGAACCAUGACUUCGACUGCCUGUCGAUAGUUUAAGUCUAAAGGUAUCAAGCUGACCGCAUCCAAGACUACAAACGUUUGCUCUGUGGGUCGCUCUUCACCGUGACCCUACAACAUGGAUAUUGUCCACGGUAUCACUGAGGGCUGACCAGAAGGAAUGAGGGACCCCAGGCGAUGUUCCCAAGUGGCCUUGUGAAUGCAGUAACGGGGUUUUGGAGUACUUUUUUAUGAUUUGUACUGUACGUGUCUGUUCGUGGGCACAUUUUAGCAAAGCCCACCAAGUCACCUGCCAGGACCGUACUUCUCUACGACCGGAGCUGGAGUGACGACGCAUAAGGAAGGAUCAAGAAGAUAAAAGGGAAGCACGUAUAGAUCCACAGAACACAACAACGGCUGCGGUUUCAGCUUUGUCCCACACCACAGUUUUAACAGCAACACCUUUCCUCUGUCUUGUGAGAUUUAUCUCCCCCCCCCCCCUCCCUAAAGCUUCCUCUGUCAUUGUUAUUGGAUCUCCUAUGGUUUGCAUGGCUGGAGAAUAACCGUGGAGAGGCCAGGGUAUCACAAGCUUAUGGAUUUUGAUAAGAGAGGGGGUAAGGGAGAGACAGAGGAAGGGAAAAAGAUGUCUAAGACGGCAGGUAGCAGGACUGGACAUGGGGGCCGGAGUUCCGGGACCAAUUCAGGAGUUCUUAUGGUUGGCCCUAACUUCCGCGUCGGCAAAAAAAUUGGCUGCGGGAACUUUGGGGAGCUGCGUCUGGGGAAAAAUCUCUAUACCAACGAAUAUGUGGCCAUCAAAUUGGAACCUAUAAAGUCCAGGGCGCCACAGCUUCAUUUGGAGUAUAGAUUUUACAAACAGUUGGGAAAUUCAGAGGGAAUUCCACAGGUGUACUACUUUGGUCCUUGCGGGAAAUACAACGCUAUGGUGUUGGAGCUGCUGGGGCCCAGUCUAGAGGACCUGUUUGAUCUCUGUGACCGCACCUUCUCCCUCAAGACCGUCCUGAUGAUAGCCAUACAGCUGAUAACGCGGAUGGAAUAUGUCCACACCAAGAGUCUGAUAUACAGAGACGUGAAGCCAGAAAACUUCUUAGUCGGGCGGCCAGGAAGCAAGAGGCAGCACACCAUUCACAUCAUCGACUUUGGUCUGGCCAAAGAGUACAUAGACCCCGAGACCAAAAAACACAUCCCCUACCGGGAGCACAAGAGUCUGACUGGAACGGCACGCUACAUGAGCAUUAAUACACACCUGGGAAAAGAACAAAGUAGGCGGGAUGAUUUGGAGGCCUUGGGUCACAUGUUCAUGUACUUCCUCCGAGGUAGCCUUCCUUGGCAGGGCUUAAAGGCGGAAACUUUGAAGGAGAGGUAUCAGAAAAUCGGUGACACCAAACGAGCGACCCCCAUUGAAGUGCUUUGUGAAAGCUUCCCCGAAGAGAUGGCCACUUACCUGCGAUAUGUGAGGAGGCUGGAUUUCUUUGAGAAGCCCGAUUACGACUACUUGCGGAAGCUCUUCACCGAUCUCUUUGACAGAAACGGCUAUGUCUUUGACUAUGAAUAUGACUGGGUCGGCAAAUCCCUGCCCACGCCCAUAGGCCCCAUCCCCAGUGAUGCGCCCCUGCAGCCCAGCAGCAGGGACAAAGCACAACAGCAGACCAAAAACCAGUCGCCUGAACCCAAAGGAAGUGAGUCUCAGCCCACUCCCGUGACCAAUAAGGAGACUUUGGGGUCGCACCUUACAGCUGAGCGGCUGGGGGGCUCUGUUCAGGUGAUGAGCUCAACAAAUGGCGAGCUGAACACUGAUGAUCCCACAGCUGGACACUCCAACGCUCCCAUCACCGCUCCCACCGAGGUUGAAGUGGCCGACGAAACCAAGUGCUGUUGUUUCUUUAAAAGGAGAAAGAGGAAAGCCCUCCAGAGGCACAAGUGAAAGAAGAGAUUGGAGAGAACUUGAAACCUUGUUGUCACUGUCAAGUUUUAAAUGGAAGCAACUACACAGACCCCCCUCACCCCCCCCCCCACCACCACCACCACCACCUCCUCCUCCUCCGCCUCCCUGUCCUUUUUCUCUCUCCGCCACCCCCACCCUCCUUCCCCUGUCACUCUUAAGUCCCUCCCUCCGCCAUUUUGCUUCUCUCUCUUUCUCGUUCUCAGUGCUCCCUGGCUACUGGCGUGUUAAAGGAACGUUGCGGUCAUACCGACUCACAACAGACUCUUGAUUCCUUUAAUCGGCGCAAAAAUAAACUUACCUGCAUUACACGGGGGCGGGGGGAAAAGGGGGCGGGGCUUGAGAAAAAGUUUUAAAAAGCUGUAACAAUGAAACUCGAAUACUGUGGCGUGAAUAUGAAAAAAAAAAAAAAGAUACUGUUUGAAACAGUUGUUGUAUUCUAGAUUCCAUAAAGAAGGUUUGUUGUUCCAACAGUCGGGAAACCAUCGGAAUUCUGCUCCUUUAGGAAAUUGUUUAUUAUUGCUUUUUCCUUUUUCUUCUUCCUUUUGGUGUGUGUUUUUUUUUUUGGGGAUCAAGUUAAAGAGAGGUGAAUUAUGCUGAUGUUAAAAUCCGAGCGACGCUUUUCAUCUAUAACAGAAUUUUUUUGGAGGAUUUUUAUGUAUUUUUUUUUUUUUUGUAAUUGAAUCCUCAGUUUUCAAAGUUGAAAAUCCCCUGCAUUGAAGAAUUAUUUUUAUGUUGUAGUGUUCUGGAGUUCCAUUCCCCCCUCCACCCCCCCUUUUUUCUUGCUUCCUCUGGCUUUCUUUUUGUCUGUCAACGUGGACUUUGUAGCACAGUCACUGGCCUCAGGUACUGUGGAAGAUUGAGAGAAACAGAUAUUAAGCUCUCUUUACUAUUAUUGCACUUUUUGGGAAAAAAAAAAACGAAAAAAAGCAGAAAACAAUUACAGUGGAAACUUUAGGUUUGAAAUUAACAAUUCCGGAAAAAAACAAAAACUUUAAUAAAGACUGAUCUAGGAAGAGUCCUUCACGACGCUUAUAUCUGAGUAAUGGCAACAACAAAAAAAAUGUUGAUUUAUGUGGGGGGGGGGGGGAGAAGAUAUGUCUUUCAACUUUUAUUUCUUACAUCAGAAUAAUUUACCAGGAAAUCAUAGUUUGUGCCUUUCUAAGUAAAAUGUUUAAAGCUCAACGAGUGUCCCGCAAUGACAUUUUAUCAAAUCUCUUCCAAAUGUUUGAUGGAUUACUGUCUUGUGUGUGUGUGUGUGUGUGUGUGUGUGUUCCGUGCUCACGCUGAAUCCCAAACAGCUCCGGUGCGGCCUUCCGGAAGCAUUCCACAAGAUUGAAAAUCCCUGUUGUAGCCUCACAUUAGCUCUGCGCGGUGCAGCUCCACCUACGGAGGCCGUACGGCAUAACGGAAGGAAUCUGUUUGGGGUCAAA